AUGUCGGACGAAGACGACGACGGCGGCAGCAGGAUGCCGGGGGACGACGCGACGACGUCGUCCCACCGGCCGGUCCGGCUCCACGGCAGCCUGGACAUCUGGAUCCACGAGGCCCGGAACCUGCCAAACAAGGACAUCGUCUCCAACACCAUGGGCGGCCUGCUGGGCUUCUCGGCCUGCUCCUCCCCCACCGGCGCUCCUUCCACCAGCGACCCCUACGUCACCGUCCAGCUCGCCUCCGCCACCGUCGCCCGGACCUACGUCAUCCAGGACGACGAGAACCCGUCCUGGUCACAGCACUUCCUCGUCCCCGUCGCCCACUCCACCCCCGCCGUCAGCUUCGUCGUCAAGGACAGCGACGUCUUUGGCGCCGAGCUCAUCGGGGCCGUCGCGAUCCCCGCCGAGCUCCUGCUCGGCGGGGAACGGCUCGAGGGUGCGUACCUGCUGCUCGAGCCGUCGGGGAAGCCGUGCGCGCCCUGCGCCAUGCUCAGGCUCUCCGUGCAGUAUGUCCCCGCGGCCCGGCUCACCAUGUAUCACCACGGGGUCACCGCUGGCCCGGACUUCCCUGGCGUGCCCAACACGUAUUUCCCGUUGAGGCGUGGCGGGAGGGUCACGCUGUACCAGGACGCCCACGUGCCUGACGACGGGUGCUUGCCGGAGAUCAAGCUCGGGGAUGACCGUGGCGGCGCGUCGCCGAUGUGUUACAGGCACGGGCAGUGCUGGCGGGAUUUAUACGACGCCGUGUCGAAGGCGACGAAGCUUGUUUAUAUCACCGGAUGGUCGGUGUUCCACACGAUACAUUUGGUUAGGGACGGUGAUGUCGGUGGGGAGAAGGCGAGGUCGCUGGGCGAUCUGCUCAAGAGGAAGUCGCAGGAGGGGGUCAGGGUGCUGCUGCUCGUCUGGGAUGAUCCGACCUCCAGGAGCGUCCUUGGUAUCCAGAUGGAAGGUUACAUGGGUACACGGGAUGAGGAGACACGGAGGUUUUUCAGGCAUUCUUCGGUUCAGAUACUGCUCUGCCCAAGAGCUGCUGGGAAAAGGCACAGCUGGGUGAAGCAACAGGAGACAGGAACCAUUUUUACUCACCAUCAGAAAACGGUGAUUGUGGAUGCCGAUGCCGGAAAUGGUAAACGGAAAAUAGUUGCUUUCGUCGGAGGACUUGAUUUGUGUGGCGGCCGAUAUGAUACUCCAAGGCACCCACUAUUUCGCACUCUUCAGACAUUGCACAAGGAUGAUUAUUAUAACCCAAACUUCGCGGUACUUGAUGCCCGUGGCCCGAGAGAACCAUGGCAUGAUUUGCAUUCCAAGAUUGAUGGUCCAGCAGCUUUUGAUGUCCUGAAAAACUUUGAGGAGCGCUGGUUAAAGGCGUCCAAACGCAGCGGAGCUAAGAAGUUAUCAAAAGCAUGUAAUGAUACAUUGCUCUGGAUCGAGAGGAUACCUGAGAUUGUAGCUAUUGACGAUGAAAUCUAUGCAAGUGACAGAGAUCCAGAAAGAUGGGAUGUUCAGAUCUUCCGAUCUAUUGAUUCAAACUCUGUCAAAGCUUUUCCAAAAGAUCCACGAGAAGCAACCAGUAAGAAUCUUGUUUGCGGGAAAAAUGUACUAAUCGAUACGAGCAUACAUACAGCUUACGUUACUGCCAUCCGAGCAGCCCAACACUUCAUAUAUAUUGAAAAUCAGUAUUUCCUUGGUUCUUCCUUUAACUGGGAUUCACACACAGAUGUUGGUGCAAAUAAUUUAAUACCAAUUGAAAUAGCCCUCAAAAUUGCUAACAAGAUUUAUGCAAACGAGAGAUUUUCGGCGUAUAUAAUAAUUCCAAUGUGGCCUGAGGGCAACCCUACUGGUGCUCCUACACAGAGAAUUCUGUAUUGGCAGAAAAAAACAAUGCAAAUGAUGUAUGAGAUAAUCUAUGGGGCUCUGAAAGAAGUAGGCCUGGAUGGUAAAUAUGAGCCACAGGAUUACCUCAACUUCUUCUGCCUCGGCAACCGCGAAGCCGAGGAAACUCCUGGCACAUCCAGCGGACCAUUUUCAGCCAGCAAUCCUCAGGAUCAAUCGAGGAAGAACAGGAGAUUCAUGGUGUACGUGCACUCCAAGGGCAUGAUCGUGGACGACGAGUACGUGAUCAUCGGGUCGGCCAACAUCAACCAGAGGUCCAUGGAAGGGACCCGGGACACCGAGAUCGCCAUGGGCGCGUACCAGCCCCAGUACACCUGGGCCAACAUGCUCUCUGCCCCCCGCGGACAGAUCUACGGGUACAGGAUGUCGCUGUGGGCGGAGCACAUGGGGGCGGUGGAGGAGGGGUUCGAGCGGCCGGAGAGCGUGGAGUGCGUGCGGCGGGUGCGGGGGAUCGGGGAGGAGAACUGGAGAAGGUUCGUGUCGGAGGAGGAGGAGGUGAGGGAGUUGAGGGGGCACCUGCUCAAGUACCCCGUCGGCGUCGACCGAGAGGGGAAGGUGGCGCCGCUGCCCGGCUGCGCCGCGUUCCCGGACCUCGGCGGCAACAUCUGCGGCUCCUUCCUCAACAUCCAGGAGAAUCUCACCAUAUGACUAUAUGAGCGGGAAUGUCUGCGGAUCAUUUUGUACCGAGUAGUUCUUUUGUUUUAGAAAGCGAUGAGAAUAUCAAAUUUCCCCUUUUUUAUGUGUAUUUUGCUGGAUCCUCUGCUGCUAGGAUAGAGUAGAAGAAGAAACGCUGUUAAAAAAAAGAGAGAGUAGAAGAAGAAUUCAAAGGUUGUUCUGAUGCCGUUGUGCGAUGUUUUCUUAA